AUGACCAGAUCGCUGUACGACCGUAUUUGGCGCCGCGAGGCAGGGGAAACGUCGCGGUGGGCUAAUAUCCGUGGUCUUUAUGGCUCCAAAGAAUGGGUUGACAAUCUUGACAUUGUCAACGAGUUAGGGGGACAUACUGGCUGUGUCAAUGCCCUAAGUUGGUCGCGAUCCGGCAAACUUUUGGCCUCAGGCUCCGAUGACUAUCACCUGAACAUAUAUUCCUACCAGCCAGACUCGUCAACCGCUCCCUUUUCGUUGAACACCAGUGUUUACACGGGCCAUACCGGCAAUAUAUUCUCCGUCGCGUUUAUGCCGCAUUGCAACGACCGGACAUUAGUGACCGCCGCCGGUGAUUCUCAGGUACGGGUCUUCGACAUCGAAUACACCAACAGGACAGUUGCACCUCUGCCCUCCACACAGUAUCGGAAUCUCCCGUUGAAUGACUUCUUUAGCAAUGCGCGAUACCUCGGGGUGGGAAAUACCAAUGCGCGAAUCUACCGCAGCCACGCGGACCGUGCCAAGCGGAUUGUUACUGAAUCAUCGCCACAUCUUUUCCUGACAUGCUCUGAGGAUGGGGAAGUUCGCCAGUGGGAUUUGCGUCUACCGUCAUCUGCAUACCCCAAACCUCGGGGUGGACUAUUGUUCAUGGCUCACUCCCACGGCGGGCAUGACGACUCCAACGUGCCUCCUCCCUUAAUCUCCUAUAAACGGCACAGAGUGGAUCUGAAUACCAUCUCGUGCUCUCCAAGCCAACCGCAUUAUAUCGCGCUGGGUGGGGCGCACCUCCACUGCUUCCUUCAUGACCGACGCAUGCUGGGACGUGACCUUUCUGUGGAAAAAGGUGAUCCUGGCGCUUCACCUGGCAUAGGUGAUGAGGAGAGGAUGAAUCAGGCAACGCGAUGUGUGCGGAAGUUUGCGCCAAACGGAAAGCAGCGAACCAAGUCACCUUACAAGGGUCAUAUUACCGCAUGUAAAAUCAGCAACGCUAACCCCAACGAAAUGAUUGUGAGCUGGUCCGGCGACCACAUAUACAGCUUUGAUUUGAUUCGAAGUCCCGAUGCCACAGAAAUCCAGCAGGCACGCCAGUCGUUUACGCUGGGGAAGUCCCUUUCCCGUAGGAGGCGAGGUUCAAAGAACAGAAAGCGUAAGCGCCACAAUGGAAACUCAUUGUCUUCCAACUCUAGUGGUGGCCGGCGCAGAUCUCGUCGAUCUGAUGCAACGCAGGAAAAUGGUGAGCUUGCAUUCCGUGUCCGGUACGGAAAUGGCGAGGUAGAGAAUAUCUCCCUUCCAUCUCUUUUGCAAGAACAUGCCACAUCCGAUGCGACUUCGGCGGAAAUAUUAGAACAGGCAAGAUAUUCUGUGCUCUCCGAAGCACAAAAACAUAGCCUGCGGAUUGCCAAGGGUCUUGUUAAGCUGCGGAAAGCCCUUUUCUCACUGGAAGCCUCGGUGCGUGAAGAGGCUGAGUUGUCAAACCCAUUUUCCAUCAUGGCCUUCAAGGAAUCAUUCUCCUCUGUCCUCAUGCAAGCAGCGACGCUUUUGCCUCAGAUGGAAGAGGCCAUGCGCACGUGGGGAUAUCCGAUGAAUCCUACUCCCGAGGUUGUGCGGGUUCAGCAAGCUCUCCGUCGCAAUCGCGAGUCAUCAUAUAGAUUUAUCCAAGCCGCUGGGACGCUAGCCCGGGCUUUAGGCGGAGAGGCUCAAAGUCCAGGAUUAGACGAACGCGAAUUGGAGAUGUUCCAGCAAAUCAAACCUACCCCCGGAGAAGAUGGCGUGCUUAGUCGGAGAGAGCAAUUUGGGUACGAUUUUUUGAAGGCAAUAUUGUUGUUUGUCCAGGGAGGUCGAGGGUCUGUUUUCUCUGGGUUUAAGCACGAGUCCACUAAUCGGCGCCAUUGGAACCGGUUCCCUAUACCGGAAAAUGCCGAUGAGAGGGCCAUUGAGACAGUGUUGAUCCCAUAUUUGCAAGAGCUCGCGGACAGCACUCUUGUGGUAAACGUUGAUACUUCUAGGUUCGAGCAUGACAUAACCCGUGUGCUUUUCCCCUCCCAGCAUGCGGCAGUGGAUGCGUUUUCAUAUGCCCUAAACAUGCAAGAGCCGAUCAAAAAUCCCUCGGAAACGCCUGCCGAUAUUGACAAUCACAAUGGGAACUCCAACUCAGCCACCACCAGGGCCACCGAUCCGUCUACGUCUCUGCAAUUCUGGCUUCUAGAGGUUGGCCGCGGGAUUUUAAUGGAGGCGGGCACAGGCGUGAAUUUCGAGUUCGUCAAUCGGGCUUUCGGCGGAUUAAACGCUACCGUGGAAGACGAAGCAUCUGAGAGUGAAAUAGAGAUAGAGAGAUCCCAGGACGAUACGGAGGCGAACAUUGAGGAGGAGCCGAUUCAGGAUAUCAGCUUGACAAUAACUCGGGACCCCAGUCGCGACCUUUCACGACUCAGAGAUGAUGUCCAAGACGGCACGGAGACGCCCACUACCAGUAGUGUCAUGGAAAGCGAUGAAGACGAGAAUGGCGACGCAAUGGAAGAGAGUGAUGAUUUUGCAGCUGCCCUGGGCCUAAACUUUGACGACUCUUCGGACGAGAACGAGGACGAUGAGGACGACGAUGACGACGAUGAUGACGAAAAUGGGUUUGACGGUGAUAGCAGCGAUACAGAUCCUGCUGAGCGCAUGUUCAGAAACUACGGGUUCCAACGGAGUCAAAGAGAGGAGGAGGUGGAGGCCGAUGUCCCGUGCUCCCCCCAUACUAGGGUUUACACCGGGCACUGUAACGUUAAGACGGUCAAGGAUGCCAACUACUUUGGACUGAAUGACGAGUAUGUUGUGAGUGGAAGUGACUUGGGCCACAUAUUUAUCUGGGAAAGGGACACCUGCAAGCUGGUCAAUAUUCUCAAGGGCGAUGAUGAAGUGGUGAAUGUAGUGCAAGGCCACCCCUAUGAGCCAACCAUGGCAGUUUCUGGUAUCGACGAUACCAUCAAAAUUUUCUCGCCAGAUCAACGUGCCCAGGAGGACGCCCGCCGUGGUAUCAACAUCUUGGACCCUAGCAACCCUGCCAAUACGCUUGGACCGGGCUACGGUGGUCUCAAGAGUUGCAAGUGUAUGCAUGAUAGCUAUCGAAUCAUGAGCGAGAAUGAUGUUCAGCGACAAGGGGGCAUGAGCGAUGCAUUCAUCACGAGACACAUGCUGGCUCAAUUUGCGGCAACUGUACGUGAGCAACAGGGGGGGCUAGCCUCUGGAGAGAACGCCCGGAUUGUUUUGGAUGAAAAUUGUGCCGUGAUGUGA